AAAACUAACAUAUAUACACAUAGAGAGAGAGAGAGAAAAUAAAUCAAAGAGAGAAAAAAUUAAGAUUUUUUUUUUUAAAAAAAAAUGGGGAAAGCACGUAUAAUAGGAAUUGGAAUGGAUUAUUCAGCAACAAGCAAAAUAGCUCUAAAAUGGGCAAUUGAUAAUUUAAUUGAAGAAGGUGAUACAAUUAUUAUUAUUCAUGUUGUUUCUUCUAAACUUGAACCAACUAGUAAACAACUCUUUGAAGAUACUGGAUCACCUUUGAUACCUUUGGAUGAAUUUAAACAGAUUAAUGUGUCUAAGUACUAUGGAUUAAAUCCUGACAAAGAGGUUAUUGAUAUGCUUGAGCCUGUUGCCAAACUCAAAAAGGUGACAGUGGUGUCAAAGGUGUAUUGGGGAGAUGCAAGAGAGAAACUGUGUGAUGCUGCUGAAAGUCUCAAACUUGAUUCACUUGUAAUUGGAGGCAGAGGCUUAGGAGUUCUUAAAAGGGUGUUACUUGGAAGUGUCAGUAACUAUGUGGUGCAAAAUGCAACAUGUCCUGUUACUGUUGUGAAAACCAGUCCUCAAAAGUGAAAAAAAAAGAGACUAUAAAGUUUAUGUUAUUUUGUUAAUAAAAAAAAGAAGAAAAGCUAUUUUGUGUUUUUACUUUCUUUCGUUUUUUGUAUAAUGUCUUGUUUUGGAUUUUAUUUAUUUGAUUUCUUAGGGUAUGAGUUGGCUUUUGUUUGGGAGUGUUGGAUGUGAGAUGAUUGUGGGACUUUGUUAUAUUUCAAGUUUAUCACCUAAUUAUUUAUUAUAUACAUAUUUUUGUUGGUUUCUUGUUUGUCA